AGUUUCCAGUCUUUGCGGUCAAUUCCUUAAUAAAGAUGUACUCGCUAUCUUUUCUCUGUCUAGUCUACUUCAUGAAAACCCCAUCAUUUUACUAAUUUGGUUUUCCCUCCUAUAUUUAAUCCUUCUUCUUCUUUUGUGAGUUUUCUGCAUUUCUGCAAGCACAGAAAAAUGGUGGGUUUUGAUGAAUCAAACAGAGAAGAGCCUUUUCUUGUUUCUUCAGACCCUGUCCUUAUUGAACUCAAUCGAUUAGACAACCAGCUCAAAGAAAAAGAUCGCGAACUUGGAGUUGCCCAUGCUGAAAUCAAAGCUUUGAAAUUGACUGAAGUUCUGAGAGACAAGGCAAUGGAGGAGCUGAGCAAUGAACUGAAAAGGCUCGAUGAGAAGCUUAGUGGAUACGAAAACCUUCUCGAACAAAAGAAUCUUGAAAUCAAGAAAUUGACAAUUGAAAAGAAAGAAGCAUUGGCUGCACAAUUUGCCGCAGAAGGAAGUCUCAGAAGGGUUCAUGCAAAUCAAAAAGAUGAGAAUUCGGUCCCAAUUGAGGCUGUCAUUGCACCCCUCGAAGCUGACAUUAAAAUGUAUAAGCACGAGAUAAUUAAACUUCGUGAAGAUAAGAAGGCUUUGGAACGUCUUACUAAGUCGAAGGAGUUGGCUCUUCUUGAAGCAGAAAAGAUACUUGAAAGUGCUUUGGAACGUGCUUUAAUAGUAGAGGAGGUUCAAAAUCAAAAUAUGGAAUUGAAGAGACGGACUGAGAUAUGCCAGGAAGAAAAUAAACUCCUUGAUAAGUCUUACCGGCAAAAGGUUAUUGAGGUUGAGAAGCUUAGCCAAACUAUUGUAGAACUGGAGGAGUCGAUUCUAGCUGGUGGUGCAGCUGCCAAUGCUGUACGUGACUGUCAGCGUCAGAUUUCUGAAUUAAGUGAUGAAAAAAAGAUUCUAGAGAGAGAGCUAGCUAGAGCUAAAGUCACGGCAAAUCGUGUUGCAACUGUGGUUGCUAAUGACUGGAAGGAUGAGAGCGAUAAAGUUAUGCCUGUUAAGCAGUGGCUUGAAGAUCGAAGGUUCUUGCAGGCAGAGAUACAACGGUUACGAGAUAAGCUAGCUGUGUCAGAAAGAACAGCUAAAGCUGAAAUACAGCUCAAGGAUAAACUAAAGAUGAGGCUAAAGACGCUGGAAGAAGAAUUAAAGCAUGUGCCGAGUACCUCUAAUCCAUCCAAUCCUUCUUGUGGUUCCGGAGAGGCUGAAAAGUCUAACCAUGUCUUAGGAUUCCUCAAUAACACCGGAGUAAGAAAGAGAUCAACAUCACAGCCCAGGGGUCCAGUUAAUGUGAAUAAAAGCUCACAAGUACAGCAGGAAAUUGUGGGAGCAGAAGCAGCGCAGUCUAUUGGAAAACUAAAACGAGCAGAUAGCUUGAAAAUGAAAAAUGGUUCUGUAGUAAAUAUGCGGAGAAAGAGCUUAUGGGCAUCCAGAAGCAAGGUCGUUGACAGUUCCGAAAAGGAAAAUGCAGAAGUGAAGCCAAAUUCUGAUCCAACUGUUGAUACAUAUAUCGAUGUUGAGGCAUCCGUUCCAACAGAAAGAGAAAUCAAAGGGUGCAGCGAAGUCGGAACACAACAUAAUAAAAGCAUAGAUGCUGGUGGUGAAGAUGUGGUUUCAGGAUUUCUGUAUGACAGGCUACAGAAAGAGGUCGUUAAUUUAAGAAAGCGUUGUGAGCACAAAGAUGGCACUUUGAACGCCAAAGAGGAAGAAAUCAAGGCACUUAUGAGAAAGAUUGAUUCACUGACAAAAGCCAUGGAGAUCGAAUCUAAGAAACUGAAGAGGGAAGCAAGAGAAAAAGAACUACUCUUGGUUAACAUGGAAGAUAACAAACAAAAUAUUAAACACACAAACUUCUCUAAAAGGACAUCAAGAAGUACAUUAUGAAGCUGAAACGGAUCUGAGAAGUCAAAAGUUCAACCUGGAAAUCUAAAUGUGCUUGUUUGAUGGUCGUGCAGUCUACCUUUCUUCUCUAAAUAUGCGUAAGUUUGAGUAACGUGUAUGUGAGUAAAUAUUUUGUUAGAGAAAGGGGAUGUGAAUAUGUAUAAAAACUAAAUGGGGGUCAAUGUAGGUUCAGUUCUUAGCUACAAACAGGAAUUCCAAAUAUAAAACGCUGCUUGGAUUGCUUA